AUUAAAACGCGGUCUCUUUCUUUAUCUUUGCUUGGGUAUUGGGUUUCUUACAAAAUCACAGUCACAUCACUCAUAUGUCACUUUCUCUGAUGUUUCCUCUUUAUUGUUGAAUUUUCCAGGAAUCUUUUUGUAAUUCGUUAAAAGGGUUCUCCACAUCACCCAUUCAACACCCUUUUAUUAGUAUUUCUUUUUCUCUAAUUCAGCUCAAAUCAAUAGUCCAUUCUUUCACUUUUUUUUUCUUUUUGGAUUUUUUAUUUUAAGUUUGAAUUUUGGUGAUGGCCGUAAUUGCUGGAGAUAAUUCGAUCGCCGGACUUCCGGUGGGCAAACACUUGGGAGUUCCACCAUUGAAUACUUUACCUGUUGGAUAUCGUUUUCGGCCCACGGAUGAGGAGCUUGUCAAUCAUUAUUUGCGCUUGAAGAUCAAUGGUUGUCACGACAAAGUUGCUGUCAUUCGAGAAGUUGAUAUCUGCAAAUUCGAGCCCUCGGACUUGCCUGAUUUGUCUGUGGUAGAGUCGAAGGACAAUGAUUGGUUCUUCUUCUGUCCCAUAGAUAGGAAGUACCAAAAUGGGCAGCGAUUGAACCGAGCAACAGAACAAGGCUACUGGAAAGCUACUGGUAAAGAUAGGAAUAUAGUUACUAAGAAGGGGGCUAAGAUUGGGAUGAAGAAGACUUUGGUAUACUACAUUGGGCGAGCUCCUGAAGGGAAGAGGACUAAUUGGGUGAUUCAUGAAUAUCGUGCAACUGACAAGUCAUUGGAUGGUUCACACCCUGGACAGGGAGCCUUUGUGCUUUGUCGUCUAUUUAAGAAGAAUGAGUUGAAGCAAGAUGAAAAUGUUGAAAGUUCACACUUGGAUGAGGUUCAACAGCUUGUUUCUUCUCCUGCUGUUGGAAAAUCACCUGAUGAUGAAAUAUCAGAUGCAGUGGCUCCAUCUCCAAUCAUGGAAAGUGAUAGUGAUAAAAGAAAUCCACCAAAAAUCUCUGGAGGCGAAACACAUGGCACAAGAUUACCUAUUGAAAGUCGUGGCGAUAGUUGCACUGUUGAUGAUACUGAAGAUCAGAUGUUGGACAUAACAUCAGUACCAUCGGAUCCCGAGUUAGAGAAAUUAUUGGAAAUCUUUUGUGACACUUCACCACAGCAUCUUGAUUGGAAGAUCUGCUCCCCGUUGCAUGCACAGUUGCAGGUGGAGUUUGGAUCUUCGUACUUACAUGCUCCUGUGAUCAAUGAGAUGAGCCAUGAUCAAAAGGAUGUCCAGUUUCAGAAUGGAACAAAUGCCUUUGAUAUUAAUGAGUUUUUCAACUCAGUUCUUGACAGCUCUGAUGAGCUUUCCUAUGAAGAUUCUGGACUGGAAUUGAGGACAGUCCAGUUUGCAUCAAACAGUAUUAACACUAUAACAAGGUCACCAGUUAAGGACUUUGGAUUGUGUAGUGAGUCGAAGGCACAAGUUAUGCAAGAGCCAGUUGGGACAGAUUUUUUUGAACCCGAGGUGCUGCGGGGAAAUUCUGCGCAGACUGCACUAACGAGAGAGGUUAAUUCUGUUGCAACUACAGUGGAAGUGGCGUUUGCGACACCUAAUGUUAGCAAUGAUCACUCGAUGGGGAAUCUUGACUUCCUUAACAAUGACUACCCUGGAGAUGCUGCUUUGUCUGCUGGUUCUGGUGGAAUGCAGGUCCCGUUCUUACUAAAUGUUGAAGACUCUAGCACUUAUAGCACUGUAGGCAGUGAUUCUGGUUUUGGAACUGGAAUAAAACUAAGGACUCGGCUCAAGCAGAAUCAACCUGAUGACAAGCAGUUUGGAUCUGGAACACAAGGAACUUCUCAUAGAAGAAUACGUUUCCAAAUGAAACUUCAAGCUGGAAGUGUUCAGUGUCGUACGCCUAUUGAUUCUGAUAAGGGUGGAGCAAAUUACAAAGGACUGUUAACUGUGUCUGAGAGUGAUAAAUUCUCCAUUGAAGACAGUUCUACUGCUGGAGCUGCUAUCUCCAGUGAUAAGACACAAGAUACCAUGUGCAAAGAAUUUAAAGGGUAUGGUCGAGUGGCUGAAGACUUGAGUGCAAAUGCGAAAGAUACAGAUGAUUUUCCAGUUGAUGAAGCUUCAAAGACGGCAGCAUUGAGUUCAUUUUCAUCAAGUUUCUACAUAUCCAAGGCACUCGUAGCUGUAAGUGUAAUCAUAGUCUUCUUAGGAAUUCUGGGGAUAUGCUUUAAGCUGAGAUAGUCUGCUUCCCCAAACGUAAUUUUGUAAAUAAGUUGUUGAUGGAUGAUAAGAGGUGCUCGCAGUAGCAUGAACCCGCUUACCUGUUUUAUAGCUGAGGAGCUCGAGCUGAGACAGAUUGUAAGUUAAUAGUAGUAUAGUUUACAACUGGCUUCGUUUUGUACAUAAGUUUCUGAAAUAGUACCAUAUCGUGUAUGGAUUUCAGUUAAUUUAGAUCUUAUCCAAAGAUUUGUAUAAUAUGAUCA